CGAAACCAAAGCAAAUACGAUAUGACUGACAUUUGACCUAAGUUUUAUGUGUAUUUUGAUAAAACUUAUAAACUCAACUCGUAUUAUAUAGAGAAUCAUUUUCGACAAAUAGAACCAUUGAGUCGAACAUAAACCAUUGUUAGUUGCAUAUCAUUCUAGUUGUUCCGAAAGUGUCAUUCGAGCGAAAGCAAACAUUUCUGUUUCAAAUAGGUGAAUCUGAGUUCGUAAGAUAGAAAUGAUUAGUUUCAGAGUGUUAUCUCGAUCGUCGAGAAAUUUGUUACAAAGAUCGGCUUGUGCUUAUGCAACGAAUGCCACGAGUGUGCCAGAAAAAACGUCAUUGUAUGAUUUUCACGUAGCCAACAAUGGAAAAAUGGUAGACUUUGCAGGUUACCUUUUACCGGUUCAGUAUGCAAAUUUGGGCAUUGCAGCGUCUCACCUGCACACGCGAAAACAUGCAUCAAUAUUCGAUGUCUCUCAUAUGCUACAAACGUAUGUCCAUGGUAAGGACGCCAUCGAUUGUUUCGAGAAACUCUGUACAGCUGACAUUAUCGGAUUACCCGACAAUACUGGGACACUGACAGUCUUUACAAACGCUGAUGGCGGCAUUCUCGAUGAUUUAAUUGUAACUAAGGUACGAUCUGAUCUUCUGUAUGUUGUGUCAAAUGCGGCCCGAAAAGAUCAUGACAAGGGGCUGAUUCAGAACGCGGUGGAUGAAUACAAGAAAUCUAAGAAAGAUGUGUCAGUAGAAUUUCUAGAACCUAGAGACCGAGCUCUGAUUGCUGUUCAAGGCCCUGAAGCAAUGAAAGCAGUCCAAGGCCUUGCGAAUGUGUCUUUCGACAAAUUUUAUUUUAUGCAAACAAUGACCACAGAACUGGCUGGUGUAUCCGAUUGCCGUAUCACAAGAUGUGGUUAUACCGGAGAGGAUGGCUGUGAAAUAUCGAUACCAGCUGAAAAGUCACGUCAUGUUGUCGAGAAUUUACUUGGCAGCCAACUUGGAAAUGUAGAGCUAGCUGGGCUAGGAGCUCGAGACUCACUUAGAAUGGAAGCAGGUCUAUGUUUGUAUGGCAGUGAUAUAGAUGAAAGUACCAAACCUGUGGAAUCUGGACUAGCUUGGCUAGUCGCUAAAAGACGCCGUGCCGAAGCGAAUUUUCCUGGUGCAGCCGCCGUGCUCGAUCAAUUAAAAAAUGGAAGUAAACAACGACGAAUCGGUAUUAAAAUGGCAAAUGGCCCACCAGCCAGACAUGGAGCAGAAAUAUUCAAAGACGGUAAACGUAUUGGAACGGUGACCAGUGGAUGUCCUAGCCCUAGCAUCGGUGGAAAUAUCGCCAUGGGCUUUGUAUUGGAUGCGUAUAAAGGUGUUGGCCAGCAGGUGGAAUUGAGCAUAAGGAAUAAAAUGUACAGCGCAGAAAUUGCUAAAAUGCCAUUCAUUAAAACGAAUUAUUAUUCGGAUAAGAAGUGAUGCUGAGUUAAUUGAUAAUAAAUUUGUGUAGAAUGUGAUUGCAUCGGA